AUGAAUUUCUACCGAGAUGCCACUUGGGUUUUGGAAUAUGUCGAAAAAACGGAGUCUCAAGGUCGCGUAGCGGGCUCUCUACAAACCUUAGUGCUCAACUCUUGCAAGAGAUACAAACUGAAAACCAACCCCAAGCACAUCUACGCAGCUGUGAACUCGUGCUGGCUCUAUACAGAAUUCCUAGACACCGUUCUUCAACGAUCCAAAAUUCUGAAGGACAUACCGAAAAAGAAGGGAGAACCAGCUUUUAACAAAACCACUAUCAAACUACUGGUGCAUGAUCUGUUGUUCUCUAAAAGCAAACGGAUACAGAUGGGGAAACACCCGAUUAAGGAGUUUGUGCUGAAGCACAAGACUCGUCUAAACAGUGAAUUGGUGCGACUAAAGCUCAAAUUGAAAGUUACAGAUUUGAAGCAGCUAGUCAACGACAACAAAUCCGACGUCACUCCCGUUAGAUGGAUUCGAAUUAAUCCAGUACGAUCACACUCUAAGGAAAAAGAGGUUUUGGCCGAGCUACAGAAAAAAUUCCCCACACAGGUUACCUCAUGGACGGAGAUCGCUCCCGGGACAAUCUACCACGACGAGUACGUUCCAAACCUCUUUGGUGUGCAUCCUGGCGACAAAAUUACCUCUCACGAGCUCUACAGGACUGGCAAAAUUAUCAUCCAAGAUCGUGCGUCUUGCUUUCCUGCACAUAUCCUGAACGCACAAAAAUCCGACGUGGUCAUCGAUGCCUGUGCGGCGCCGGGCAAUAAGACGACGCACGUUGCGGCUCAUAUUUUCCAGGACGAAGAGCCCGAUAGUGUCAAGAUUCACGCAUUUGAGAAGGAUCCUGAAAGAGCCAAGACUUUGAGGACUAUGAUCAAAGCCGCAGGAUGCUCGAAGGGGAUUGAUGUACAUGUUGGUGAUUUCACGAAGAUCGCCAAGCCUUCAACUUUUCCUAACGUUACGGGCUUUAUUGUCGACCCCAGCUGCUCUGGAAGUGGAAUUUUCGGUCGCAAGACUAUCGAUGAGCACAACAGAAGCAAAGAACAGACUAGCACCGUUCCAAAAGAAGAGGACGGGAACGCCGUACCAACUGAAGAAGAUUAUCAAGACAUUGCAGAAAAAGAUCUCAGAACAAGGCUUCAGAAACUUUCGUCAUUUCAAUUCGAAAUCGUGAGGUAUGCACUUUCCUUUCCCAGCGCCAAGAAGCUUGUAUACAGCACUUGUUCGAUUCAUGCGGAGGAAAACGAACGGAUUGUGAUAGACCUACUGCUUGACUCGAAAGUUAAGGAGGCUGGAUGGCGUGUUAGGAAAAGAGCUGGUGUUAUACCUGCGUGGCCACGGAGAGGUCUUUAUAGCGAGUUUGAAGAGGUGUUCCGCAAUGAGGAGGAGGCCCGAGAACUAGCCGAGGCAUGCAUUAGAGUGUCGCCUAAAGAAGAUGGCGGCAUCGGAUUCUUCGCGGUAUGCUUUGAGCGCGAUUGA